CAUUAGUUUGUUUAUAUAAUUUUUUCGAUGUCCAGAACAAUAACUGAUUUAUAUUAUGAAGGGUAAGCCAAUCCACUUGAAAUCAAAAAUUCAGGCACCAGAUACAUUUAUUUAUUAAUCCGUAAUUGCCCAGCACACAUUUUUGUUUCCAUCAAACAUUUCCUACUUGUUUCAUAUAACCUCAGUCAGACGAAAAUGUGUUUUGCAACCCAAUGUAUUUGUUUGAAAACAACGUUUUAUUUAUUGACAGGUUCCAGAGCGGUCCGAGCUGCUUUUCCACUGACAAGGGCUUCUAGGGCGAAUUAAUGAAGGAGCUCUAAUAUCAUGGAAGAAAGUGUUUCCACUCAAAAGCAAGGUAAAGACGGUGACUCGCCAACCAAAGACAAACUAUUUGACCCCUCAGUGGAACUACUUUUGAAUGAUUUUGAUGAUGAACGGACAUUAGAAGAGGAAGAGGCCUUAGCUGCUGGAGAGUCACAAGAUCCAGAUGCUGAGCUGUCAAAUCUUCAAAAGGAGAGUAACAUGCCCUUAGAAGAACUGCUUGCAUUGUAUGGUUAUCAAGGUGAAAAUCAGGAGAACGAAAGUCCUGAAGAGGAGGGGAAUGAGGAAGCAGAAAGUACAGAAAUGUCUGAAACAGUAGAACGUGAAAGUGAACCUUCCCCACAGGAAGAGCCAUCAAAGCUGCACAUCUUAUAUGGACCCAUACCCGAUAAUGAUCAAGAUGCAUCAAGGUUACUUCGUUCUGUCUCUAGGGUCAGUGAAGAAGAAGAGGAAGAUUAUGAUUAUAGCCCAGAUGAGGAUGAGUGGAGGAAAGUGAAUAAGACGAUAAUGGUAGGUAGCGACUAUCAAGCUCAAAUCCCAGAUGGACUCUGUCACUAUGACGAUGCAUUGCCGUACGAAAAUGAAGACAAACUUCUAUGGAACCCUUCCGAAAUGUAUGGCGACAUUGUUGAGGAAUUCCUUAAGAAGGCCUCUGCUAUUACAAAACCACCCUUGCCGAUGGGCACUCAACUCAGGGAUGAUGAACAAGCUCUGUACCUUCUACAGCAAUGUGGCCACAACUCCGAGGAAGCCCUCAGACGAUUAAGGAUGACUCUUCCCAAUUCUGCUACAGAUAACAUGAACGAAUCACUUUGGUCCGAAGAGGAGUGCAGAAAUUUUGAGUCGGGCGUUAGAUGUUUCGGGAAGAAUUUUCAUCUCAUUCAACAGAAUAAGGUUCGUACAAGGUCAGUGGGAGAAUUGGUUCAGUUCUAUUACCUGUGGAAAAAAUCAGAGCGCCACGACAUAUUUGCAAACAAAGCUCGUCUGGAAAAAAAGAAGUAUGCUCUACAUCCCGGUUUCACAGAUUUUAUGGACCGUUUCCUAGAAGACCAAGAUAGUCGCGAUUGCAGCUCUUCUCCGAAUAUUCAAUGCCCAGGAAAUGGGAAACCACCUCCUGAUACUUGAUCUCUGUUAUAUAGCUAUUGGCUGUACAAAAGUAAGCAAGCAGACUCACCGUCUUGAGCUUAUCAGUUAGUUGUUGAUUAUAAGUUUUGUGCGCUUCAAUGAUAUUUGGGUAAGCUUACGUUUCCUAGCAUUUCUGUUUUUUCGUUUCUUGAGGACGCUUUAUUUGCCUUAUCACUAGGAUGUGACCAGAAUUCCAAAAUAUCGAACAUUAGAAUAGGUAGGUCUCUUUAUUCCUUUGAUGAAAUUAGUACAUUGAACACGCCCGCAUUCUUCGAUGAGAAAGAGGAAAGACUUUCAUGCAACAAAACUGUUGAGGCAAUUACGGCAUCUUCACAAUAUGGAGGACCAAGUCGACGUUUGAUUCUGACGUUCUAACAACCCAACAAAAAAGGUCACCAAUUUUUAGAAAAUAUCUCUGCCAGUAAUUUGCGGCAUGUUUACCGCGGUUAUUGCCAUGACCGCCCAUAUAGCAAAAUCCAGGGGUUUUUUUAUAGGCUGUGCAAAAAUGCAACUAUUGAAAAUGGUAGCAGAAAUAAUAUCUUCUAUGUUGGGAUGUUCUCACACGCCACCUUUUACCCAAAGAUUGGGUAUCUCAUUAAGAAUAUUUCACUUAUUAUAUGCCCCCCUUGCACAAAUUUUGAGUGUUGUGUAGAGUCUGUUAGGAGACAGUUGUACUUUUGAAAAUGAUAAAUCCACAUUUUACUCUGGGUUUAGUACGUGAUGGAGUAUAUUUGAUGAAAAAGAUUGCAAAAGUAAUAAAAACACUCAUGGGUUAAAACGUUUCAUAGGAACCUAGCAACACACAAAUAUCUUCGAGGCGUUUCAGUUUGAUCAAGUUUUUCUCUGGAUAUAUAUCAGCUUUCAAAAAAAGAUGAGUAAUAUUUUAGAUUAGCAUUUAAUACAGGGUCUAACAAAAGUGCCGUUUAAAGUUUCCGUUUGUUUUCGAGAAACAGAAUGCUAACGCAUUAACUAAGAGAAGGGAGGAUACUGCGCGGAAUGUCUGAAGUCUAUCGUUGAAUUUGUCCCUUUAAAUCGCUUUGUCCUGCAUUAUUGCUUGCCUAAUUUUACAACAAAAACAGCGAUCUAUGAGCGAACCGUACCUGGUUUGGCAUCUGUCAAGGAAGUGUGUAUGCAGAGGUGUCAAGUGCCAGAAAACAUUUAGAAAGCGAUAUAUUUAUACUGAGCAACAAAGUUUAUUGUUGUUGCUUAUUUCCUAUAAAAAUUUCCAAGAAUAUUUCUAAUUUUAUUCUGUUUGACCAACUGCCUUCGCUUGGUGUACCUCCUCUUUGGCUUCAGCGCUGAGUUACUCCCUGUGUAUGGCUAUUUCUAAAGGGUUCUACACAUUCGACAUGAUGUCAAAUACAUUGCCAAUCUUGAAAAAUUGUAGGCGACUAUUCCCUGUAUAUAUUCUAGAGCAUGUAGAAUGUGUAAUGUGUCCCAAAAAGUAUCUUUUUUUGAAGGAAGGUAUAUUUUUAGUGUGUUCACAAUUAUUAGAUUAUAACUAUAUUGCCUUAUUGUAGGCAAAGUGAAAACAUCUCAUCACUACAAAGUGAAAUUGGUGAGAUAUUUUCCUAUGUGUUGAAUAUUUAUAUUUUUUAUUGUUAUGUCAUUAGAUUGUCGUACAUUCUCAUUAUAUUGGAUGUUUUGAUAUUCACUUUCUCACGAACUAUCCUUUCGGAUCAGGGUGUUUUUCUAGAUAAUUAUAAAUCUGUGAAACUAAAAACAGUCCAACAGGACUGAAGAAUACAGAUUUUCUUGUCGUUAUCAAAAAGAAAUGAUAAUUCUAAUGAUAGUAAUGAUCAUGCACUUAUCUAGAAAACACCUCCAACGCAUUCGAGAAUUUCUAAUGAAAGGUUAUAUUUUGUAUUGAUUGAAAUACUGGAACAAUGAAGCUACUCUUUAAAGAUAUAGAAUACGCAAAAAUCAAGGAAAUACACAAUCACAUCGCAGGACAUAUUUUUUUAUAUAGUACGUAAACGUCAAUUGAAAACAUUGUAUUAAAACAAGAUAUAACAAAUAUGUGCAUAUCAGUGAUUUUCCCAAGAAAUCGUCGCGUUUGAAUUACUUUUUCGUUAAAAUCUCGUACUAUGAGAAAAAAUGGUGGUCUAUGUUUAUCUGUGAUUUAUUAAGUGUAGGCGACGAAUAAAUAUGAUUAUUUAAAACUAAACGAUGCAUUACAAAUAUUGCAAUAAUCAGUCAAUUAACUUGAAACCAGAUGUAAUAAUUUUUCGUCGCUCUAUGUAAAAAUAUCUCUCCUGAGAUACAUAUUUGGUUCUGGACAUAAGCAUUAAUUUCUUUAAUUUCUUGCGUAUUUUAUAUUAAUAUAUUUUUGCUGUGAUAAACCACCUUGAAAGUUUUUAUUCGUAAUGUUUUCUGAAAUUUUUAUGUAUAUUUAUGUAUGACCUGUAAUUCUUAAUCACUAUCUCAUCCGAGAUCUGAUUCGUGUUCUGUGAAUAAUUAUUGUACUUUCAAUUAUUAAUAAUAAAAAUCUGAUGGAAAAUAUAAUCAUUUUAGACUAUCUGGAAACGUGGCAGCUAUUUGCAACAUUGCAACAUUUUUUCAAUUGAGUGAUUACAGCUUUUAAAACCCUGGGAUAUCCCAAAAGCAUUCGUGCUGUGUUGUCUAUCUAUAUAGAAAUUAAAAAUGAAAAAAAACAAAGGGAUUGUUUGGAAGUAUAGCGAUUUCUGUUGCUGAUUGCAUUUUAAACUUUAGUACCUCUCAAGAAGGCCUGAGGCAUUUGUGAAUUCAUUCAAUGAACUUUCAUUGUAUCCAAAAUGCCUUUAUAUUGCUUUUAAUAUCGUACUAAUAAGAUAUUUUUAUUUUCGAUAAGCGUUAGCUUUAGACUUUGUGUAAUUAUAUAUUUCUGAUACAUGAUUGUUGCCACAUUGUAUUGACGUUAAAUAUAUAAUCAGUUUCUAUGGCAUGCCAUGAUUUUUUAUGCUGGGACUGAGGCCAUACAUAGUACUGAGCUUUUACGAAAAAUAUCUAAUUUUUGUGUGAGUCAAAUGUGUAAUACUUCAUCUCUUGUUUUGCCGCAAACUUGUAAAAAUAGUCAACUGACCUCUGUAUCUCUAUUCCGAAAAUCAAUUAUUUAAAUUAAAGACUGCCCUGCUUUUUGUGAAUAAUCCAAUAACUUGUUGGUUUUUAAAAAUAUAGAGCGAUAUUUUCCAAUGGAAAAUGAUAUUACAUUGUGGUAAGUACGGAGUCGACCUACUUGAUGCAAUUUCUACUUUGCGCGAGGGAAUUUUUACAUACGUUCUGAUAUUCAAUAAAAAUAUUUCUAUUUGGAGGAUAUAAUAAAUAUUUUAAUGUGUAGGGUGUAGGGUGUAUUUCUACUUUUAGGAUAAAAAAUUGUACCUGAUAAAUAAAGAUAAUGAAAGUAAUAACAA